ACCCGUCGCUGCCGACGCCGGGACGGUGCGCAUGCGCGUCUCUGAGCGGCGAUGAGGGUCUGCGGAAGGAGUGGCGGUUUGGUCGUGGUGGAGCAUUUGGCGUUUGCUGCCAACGCCGGGGACUCCGACCCAUGCUCUAGGGCGGUGUUGUUCGCAGGACAGCUGCCAAAUCUGCACAAACUUGCCUGGAACCAAGUGAAGGGGAAGCUGGAGCCCCGGGUGACCCAGGAGGUCUGGCAGACAGCGCUGAGAACAUUGAAUCCAAAUCCUACGGCUAUUUGCUCUCUGUGGCUCAAUUAUGCUCUGGUGGCAGCACUCCGGUCCAAAGUCAGUCGCCACAACAGUCCAUCUUCAGCUCACUUUCUCACACGAUUGAUUAGCAGUUCUUUGACUCGAAGAACCAACCAGUGCAUUGUGUUGGUCUGUGAAUAUGCAGAGGUUUUUGCCUUAGCAUGUGCACUAACGAGAGCGUUUCCUUUGUUCACUCGACGCACUGGAACGCAUGACCACGAAGACAAGAUGACUGUUACUGUAGAGUUUAUUCUAGUGGGAGAAAAUACCAAGCCACUCUGUGAAUCUACACUAGAAUGUUUGUUACAUGCUGCUGAAGGCAUCCGAUUAGCAGCUCGUAUUGUGGAUAUGCCGUGCUGUGAGAUGAAUACCGAUGACUUCCUUGAGGAAAUCAAUCUUGUUGGAUCUGAACUGGGUAUUAUUCCCACAGUUAUCCGUGGGGAGGAACUAAAUCACAAGGGAUUUGGAGGCAUUUAUGGAGUUGGAAAAGCUGCAGUGAACCCUCCUGCACUUGCAAUACUUAGUCAUACGCCAGAGGAUGCUACGCAAACUAUAGCCUGGGUCGGCAAGGGUAUCGUUUAUGAUACUGGUGGUCUCAGCAUCAAAUCAAAGUCACAGAUGACAGGGAUGAAGAGAGGUUGUGGAGGAGCUGCUGCUGUCCUUGGAGCCUUCCGAGCAGCAGUGAAACAGGGUUUUAAAGAAAACUUGCAUGCAUUAUUCUGCUUGGCUGAGAAUACAGUAGGAGCUGAAGCCACAAGACCUGAUGACAUUCACCAGCUAUAUUCUGGAAAAACUGUUGAGAUCAAUAACACAGAUGCAGAAGGUUCUCUGGUUUUGGCUGAUGGAGUGUCCUAUGCUUGUAAAGAUCUCAAAGCAGACAUCAUCAUAGAUAUUGCAACUUCAGCUGGAGCUCAUGGUAUUGUGACUGGGAAGUACCAUGCUGGAUUGCUUACCAAUAAUGAAGAGUGGGAACAGGCCUGUGUUAAAGCCGGACAAAACAGUGGAGAUCUUGUGCACCCAUUGGUUUACUGCCCUGAACUCCACUUCAGUGAAUUUACUUCAACUGUGGCAGAUAUGAAAAACUUUGUAUCUGGUCAGGCCAAUGCUCUCAGCUCGUGCGCAGGCUUGUUUAUUGAAGCACAUAUUGGCUUUGAUUGGCCAGGAGUAUGGGUGCACAUUGACAUGGCUUCUCGAGUUCAUUCUGGAGCUCGGGCUACAGGCUAUGGGGUAGCUCUACUUUUAGCAUUGUUUGGCCGUGCAACAGAUAAUGUAUUAUUGAACGUCAUUUCACCAAGUGCUGUUAACUUUACCACAGAAGUUGGUAAUUCGAUGGAAAAUUGCUUCAAAAAGAGAAGACUGAUAUGAAUUCUGAUUGCAAUUGUAUUCAUUUCCUGACCCUGUUAGGAAUUUGGGAGCAUACAGUUAUUAUUUUUCACUGUUAUUCCUUAAUGCUGGUAUGUCAAAUAGAACCCGCUGUUUUGCUAAUGAUUUAAUCCUAUUUCUUUUUGCAUGGAGACUUGGCAGAGAUUGGAGUUGUAUUUAUUGCAGAUUAAGAGUUUUUACUUCUAUGAAUGUAAGUUGAGCUAUACUGUUUGGAGGUCACAUACUUAUGCAAUGAAUCAAAUUCUCUUUUGUAUAGCGAAUAGCCUUAAUACUACCUCCUAGCAGCUUAAAAUGAAACUGUAAAGAUUUUUUAACCAGGUUUAAAAUGUUUUUGUAUAUUUUCAUGUAUUUGAAUAAGAUUUAUGCAUAAAACAUUAUAUAAUUUUCAAGGUUGUCCUGUUGCUUCUAUUUAAUCCGUCGUUGCAUUAUUUAUCCUUUUUUUUAGAUUAUGUAUUUGUACUAAUGUGGUGGUUAUUCCUAACGUUGGAGGGCUGCCACUGUUCACUCUAAUGUGCUAAAGUUACUUCUUCAGCGAUUUCCUUGUUACUCCAAUUUAAUAUUCUGAUGACAACAGGGCUAACUUCAAACAUUUUACAAAUAAGG